UCUGGUCCUGCGGCAAUGAAGGGCAGGUAUAAAAGGCAGCCCAAGUCCGUGCUCUCUCAUCCACUUCUCUUGCCUUCUUCCUCCUGGGAACCAGUUUGCAACUCCUUGUCGUGGGAUAUGGAAGGGGUGAACCUCUGCUCUCAAGACAUGUCCUGCUAUGACCAGUGCCUGCCCUGCCAGCCCUGUGGCCCGACCCCACUGGCCAACAGCUGCAAUGAGUCCUGUGUGAGACAGUGCCAGGACUCCAGAGUUGUCAUUGAGCCCUCGCCUGUUGUGGUGACCCUGCCUGGCCCCAUCCUCAGCUCCUUCCCACAGAACACUGUUGUGGGCUCCUCCACCUCUGCUGCUGUUGGCAGAAUCCUCAGCUGUGAUGGAGUGCCCAUCAACUCUGGCUGCUGUGACCUGUCUGGCAUUUCCAGCCGCUACUUUGGCAGAAGGUACCUACGCUGAUAAAGACUCUGUGAAAGGCCCAGGGAGACACCUUGAGGAACUCAAAACAUGGUGCUGGGCAAAGGACUGAGAUAUUGGCUGUGUUUUCAGUAGAGCUGAAUGGCUUUACCUUUUUUACCUUUUUCUUUGUUUCCUCUGGUUCCUCUUGGCAACAAGGGUUCCCCAGGUCCAGCCUGGUGGGGAUCAGCUGUCUUUUCUCCCUCUGUGGGGUAGGCAAAUGAACAUCAUGCACAAACUUCUUCAUGACCAUGGACUGCAGACCUUGGGAUUCCUCUUUGGAUUCCUGCACUGCUGUCCUUCACUUGCAGUGACUUUGUUUCCCUCUUGUAUGCAUUAAAGUUCUGCUGCAUUCAA